AUGCAGACGUUGAACCACAGCGCGCGCCUCAAACGUUUGUACCCAAAACGACACUUUGCUGUCGCGUCUCACAUUUACCCAAGUGCCGCCCGGCUCCGCGUCCAAACUGUGGUCGACAUCAUCAAUCUGUCACUCCCAGUCGACUCUUCCAUACUCGAGAGCUAA